AAGGUUUUAGGCCACACGAAGGCAGAGGCGUCGGUAGGAUAAUUCAUUUCGUGUUCCCUGCGCGGCACAAGUGAUAUUUAUUAGUAGUAGAAAAAUGUCGACAAAGAAUAAUUUGGCAAAGAGAAAAAAAGCAGCACGAAUUCGAUCUUCAGAGAGAGAAGCAAGAGAGGGAGAAGAGGGCCAAGUAGUUUCAAGCAAAGGAAAAUAAGAUGAAAGUGGAUGGUAGUGAGAAGAAGAGGAAGGGUGGAAGUGGGUUUCAGGUAGGGAAGAGAAAAGUGAAGACCAAGUUGACAGCAGUGGCAAAAGCUAAAGCUGCACAGGCAAUGUAGCUUGACAAAUGAGGUUCAUGUUGAAUCCCUGUAGCUGCAAGUGGAAAAUUAUUGAGCCAUUUUGUUUUCGUAUUCAUAGUGGCAAUAUGCCUUUUGUUUUUGUGUCUUUGUCAGUCCAAGAAAGUCCAACGUUAGCCUGAUAACUAUGAUUCUUGUAAUGACAAAAUCAUUUCAUGCUUAUAGAUAUCAUUCUCUUGUGUUGUUGGAGAUAAUCUGCAUAUUAGCUUGAAAUCAUUGGAUGGUGUGGAAGUAUAUAUAUGCUGCUCGUUUUGGGAUAAUGUACUUUUCACUACCACAUUAUGAUUUCAUGUGUUAUUUAAUAUGUGCCAUGUAUAUCUCUUAUAGUAGUAUUUAUUUUCUUCAAUAAAACUUAGGGAAAUAUAUAUAUAUAUAUAUAUAUUCAUGAGCUGGAAAAUAUUGAAUCUUGUGACACAAUAAUUCUUGAUAACUAUGAUUCUUUUGAGGACAAAAUCAUUUCAUGCUUAUACAGAUAUCACUCUCUUGUGUUUUUGGUUCAUAUUUAACAAGUUUCCUUUUGGAGAUAAUCUGUAUGUUAGCUUGAAAUCAUUAGAUGGUGUGGAAGUAUAUAUAUGCUGUUCGCUUUGGGACACUGUACCUGACCUCUGUGGCUUUUGUGGUCACCACCACAUUGACAUUAUGAUUUCAUGUUCUAUGUUGUAUGUGUUGUUUAUAUCUCUUUAUAGGAGUAUU